ACCUCUGUCUUAAAAGCUGGAUUGUUGUGCAAUACAAAUGUUGUGAAACAAGUUUGCAAAGUUUUCAUACAUCCCACAUGUAUAUGUAUCACAGAUAAGCUCAGAUCAACUUCCUGGGGUGGAGAGACAAAACAAGGGCAAGGUUGAAGGUUUGAUAAUUCAAUAGAAAGAGUAGCUGGCCUAUGCCUCAAGCAGCGCUUUGAAAGAGAGGCUGUUGUUACUUCGGUUUGCAGAAUUACUACUGAAAACUGUUUACUACAAGGAAAUGGAUUGGACUGGAGCAAUUUUAAUAUUAUUAUUGUUCAUUCUUGCAAUUAUGUUCCUUUUGAAGAAGGGCAGUUCCUGGAAUGACAGCUCCCCAAAUCUUCCCCCAAGACCCAGGACCAUACCCAUUUUGGGAAAUCUGCACCUGAUGGAUAUGAAGAGGCUUUCCAGAGGAAUGAUCAAGUUGUCAAAAGAAUACGGUCCCAUUUUCCGCAUCAAACUGGGAUUCCAGGAAUCGGUGGUGCUGAUUGGCUAUGAGACGGUCAAAGAGGCGCUGGUGAACCAGGCGGAUGUAUUUGCAGAGAGGCCCUUAAUCCCCAUUUUUGAGAACUCUGCAAAGGCCUUAGGUAUUAUUUUUUCUCACGGUGAGAACUGGAAAGUAAUGCGACGGUUCACAUUAUCCACAUUACGGGACUACGGAAUGGGCAGGAGGACCAUUGAAGACAAAAUCAUUGAAGAGUGCACGGUCUUAAUGAAGACAAUUAAGACGUACGCAGGUGGGUUGGCAUUUCCUCCUAAGGCUCUACUGGAGCAUCUUCCAGGACGAAUGUAGUAUGCAAAAUAACGUCCAUCAGAUUAUAUCAAAUGAACAAGGAGUGCUUUUGGAAUACCUUCUCUCCAACAAUUCUUAAAU